AUGAUGUUUAGUCGAAGUACUCAUACUUCUAAUGAAUACCGAGCUAUAUUGGAAAGAAAACUUUAUAUAGCAAGAGAAUCACCGGAACCAGACUUUGACUUAUCAGAAUGUAAUCUUCGAUAUUUACCUCCAGGAAUAUUUUCGAUAUGCAAGGUGUUUCGUAAAGAUUAUCUGUAUUUACAAGUCAACAAAUUAAAAUCAUUGGAAGAAGGAGGCCAGUUAUCCGAUCUACAUUUAAUAAAAACAUUGGAUUUGAGUAAGAAUAAUUUCGUACAAAUUCCAAAAGGCAUACGCUUUUUAAUGAGUCUCACAGAACUUUAUCUACAAGAUAAUCAAAUAAGUCAUUUACCAGACGAAAUAAAAUUUUUGCAAGCACUAAAAAUAUUAGACGUGUCAAGGAAUCACUUAAAACAACUGAACCCUCGACUAGGUGACUUACAGUGUUUACGGAAACUUAUAGUUGUAGGUAAUAAAAAUUUAAGGGAGAUAUGUGUGGAAUUGUGUCAAGCUAGAAAUUUGUUUUUGAUUGAAUUGGAUAGUGAUCAAUUUAUUACACCACCUUUUGAAAUAACUGUACAGGGGACUGAAGCAAUAAUGAAAUACCUCUGUCAUAAAGCUAAUAUAGAGUAUAUUCCACCGCUGCCUUUGGACGCUGACAAUAUGUUGCCAACCUAUGAAUCAAACCAGGGCCUUGAUCUUUUUACUAAGCAAAAAAUUACUUGGGAAGAACAAGAAAGUACCAUACAACAAAAGGAACUUGAGAUUCACAAAGCCAAUCAAGAGCAAAGAGAAAAGUUUCUGUCUGGUGUUUUGCAAGAUCAAUUAAAUUUAGAUAUAGAAAUUGCUAGGGUACAAGUUGAUAAGGAAGUAGAAAGACAAAAAUUGAUACAGACUAUACAAAGCGAAGAGCAAAACAUAGAAUGCCUAAUUAAAAGUUUUAUAGGUCAUGAUAAACUGCAACCUGAAAUUAUUCAGCAACAACUGGCACAUGAGCAGUUGGAACAUGAACACAUACUAGAGAUAACACGACAAAACUAUGACAAUGUUAAGAAAUGUGAUAUUUUAAAAGCAAUGGAACAACUCUUAGAGGAAAACUAUUCAGUCGGUAAAUACAUGAAAUACUACAAGGAUAAUUUGAAUAAUGUGAAACAAACUCUCUUGUUCCAUGAAACUGAAGUGGAUGAGAAGCUGCAUCAAUUGCUUAGUGCUAAAGAAGAAGCUAGAGAAGCACUUGUACAGAAACUAUUAGAAGAUCAAGAUGUUCAAAAAGCUAUGGUUUCAUCACUACUUGACCAAGUUGAUGCCAGAAGCUGGAGUUUGAAUCAAGAGAUUACUUUAAUUUCAUCUCAUCUGGCUAAGUUGAGUGUGAUUGAACAGGAAAAGAAGAAAAUGCAUAUUUUUUACAACUAUAACGACCUGUUGCAUCAGAGAGUUCAGUUGCUUAAUUUACUAGAUGAUCUGUUUGACCAGAAAAAUAAAAGGCGGAAACAGUUAAUUGAUACAUUAUAUGAGGCAGAAAAUGAAAAUAAUAGCGAGGAAGAUUUUUGGUUGAGAAGUUACAAGAAGUUGUUGGAUUCAGCACCAAAAUCUCUACUUACCAUUGAUAAAACAUUAGACCCACUUCUUGCAAAGUACCUUUUGGAACAAGGUGUUAUUCAUUGCUUACCUUUUUUGGUGAAAUUCUUAUUUUCUGAGAAGUCAUUAUUAAAUCUUUCUUACCAAGAUUUAAAAGAGAGCGGCGUGUCUUUGAGGAUAGAUCGUGAAAAUAUUAUUAGAGCAAUCAAUAAGUAUGUUGAAUGUAAAAACGGAAACAAUAAUGUUAAAUUUGAUACUGUGCCAGAACCAAGCGCUCCUUCUUUACCUUCAGAUGAUGUACAAUUGGGAGUGGUGAAUAAAGAACAUGCAGACAAUUUAUCAGAAGAUGCAGAAUGUGUUAUUUGUAUGGAAACCAAGUCGGAGGUAGUGUUUGUGCCUUGCGGCCAUAUGUGCUGCUGUCAACGUUGUUCACAAAAAGAUAUCACCAGCUGUCCUAUGUGCAGAACAGAAAUAGAACGAAUUAUCAAAGUUUUAAUAGCUUGA